CGGGGCGCGUAUUCAAACCGCACGGAGAGGAGGGAGGAGGUCGUGAUGGCGGCCCCAGAGCCGGAAGUGCUGUCUCAGGCAGCAGUCCCUGAUUUAGAGUGGUAUGAGAAGUCGGAGGAAACCCACGGCCCCCAAAUAGAACUACUUGAGACCACCUCUGCUCAGCAACCUCCUAACCCUUCGGAGCCCUUUUGCCCCAGAGACUGCAUGGUGCCAGUGGUGUUUCCCGGUCCUGUGAGCCAGGAAGGCUGCUGUCGGUUUACUUGUGAACUUCUGAAGCAUAUCAUGUACCAACGGCAGCAACUCCCUCUGCCCUAUGAACAGCUUAAGCACUUCUACCGAAAACCUUCUCUCCAGGCGGAGGACGUGGUAAAGAAGAAACCUCGAGCCACUGCUGAGGUGAACAGCAGGAAAUGCCAGCAAGCCCUGGCAGAACUGGAGAGUGUCCUCAGCCACCUAGAGGGUCUCUUUGCCCGGACACUAGUACCACGAGUGCUUAUCCUCCUUGGCGGCAGUGUUGUAAGUCCCAAGGAGUUCUACGAGCUUGACUUGUCCCGCUUGGCCCCCAACAGCAUGGACCAGAGCCUGAGUACAGCGGCUUGUUUGCGUCGUCUCUUCCGAGCUAUUUUCAUGGCUGAUGCCUUCAGUGAGCUGCAGGCUCCUCCACUCAUGGGCACCAUCGUCAUGGCACAGGGGCAUCGCGACUGUGGGGAAGAUUGGUUUCGACCCAAGCUCAACUACCGAGUGCCCAGCCGGGGCCAUAAACUGACUGUGACCCUGUCCUGUGGCAGACCCUCUAUCCCAACCACGGCCUGGGAGGAUUACAUUUGGUUUCAGGCACCAGUGACACUUAAAGGCUUCCAUGAGUGAAUGGGGGUACUUCUUAAUCGUGAACACAAUGGCUAAAUUAUUUUUCCCCCUGUGGCUAUGUGCCACCCAUCUCUUGCUUGGAGCUAGAGUUGCUUCCAGGUGAGAGGAAGGGUCUAUCUUUCUGGCUGCCUGCCUGCCUGCCUGCCCUCCUCAGACUUCCUGGUGGGUUGAUGGUAUGGCUGUGGCUGUAAUAAUCAUCAUUGAACAACAUCUCUUUGAAUCCAAGGUUGAUUUUCCUAGAGGGUGCUGGGUCAGGCAUUUCUGUUUGGGGUUGGAAAGCAAACUUGGGCCCAUAGACAGAUACUCCUAUGGAAGUGGCCCUUUUCUGCUUUUUGCUGUGGCCUUUCAGAAUUUUUACCAGGGACAUAAUAAUGUGGCUGUGACUCAUGAACUUAAAUAUAAAAUGAAUGAAUUCAUAUUAAAUUUUCCUGAAACUCUUUUGGUUUACAGAGACUUUUCAGGCUUGAGGCUAGAGUAUUUUGUUUUUCUCCUUGGCCUCUUAUGCUUCAGGACUUCCAGGAUUUUUUUACUAAUGGCUCUUUCUCUUCAUCAGCUCCAGGCCAGUCUGGGAGGUUAAAUGACUUGGCCAAGGUUCUAUAAUGAUUUGAUAUCAGAGUUGGGACUGGGGUCCUCAGCAGCUAACUCCUAGCCGGAUGUUCUUUCCUUGCCACAUACUGGUUUUUGUGACCGUUAAAAUAUAUGUGCCCAAAGCAGAGGUCACACAGGGGAAGAGGCUGAGAGACUGGGCUGAGAAAAGAAAACUGAGAGGGUCUUUGCAAAGCCUGAUUGAGCUGUAGGCUAAGGCCCCAGGACUGCCCUGUCGGAUCAGCUCCCUGAGGCCAAACGUCCGUCCUGGAGUUCUGCCCAGCCUGUCUCCAUUACGGUUGUCUGGCAGCUGCUGGCAGUUCCUGUUGGCAGUGUUGUCCUUAGGCAAACCCUGCCCUCCUGCCUGUGGCGCUUCCUCCUCAGCUGCCCUCUGACGUGGCUGUCCUGAUCCUUGCUGUUAUCUUUUCUUGCUUGAUGCUGUCCUCACUGCUAAGCAUCAAUGCUUUGUCUCUGAGAACACCUGCUUAUUUCUUGGAAACAAGUUGAAGACAGAAUCCUUACCCUGCUAGUGUUGGAGGUGUGUGUGUGUGUGUGUGUGUGUGUAAACGAGGACAAUAUAAAUAUAGGCUUUUUUUAUGUUUUAAGAAGAAGGAAUGAAUAUUUUGUUUUGUGUUUUGUUAAAACAUAAAAAUAGUUUAUAUUUUAUACUAUGUUUUAAGCACUUUACAUACAUUAUCUAAUUUAACCUUACAAAGUACGUAUUAUUGUUCCCACUUUGUAGAUAAGGUUUGGGGAGAUUGAAUAACUUGCCUAAGUGGUGAAACCUGGAUUCAAACCCAGUCUACCUGGCUUCAGAGGCUGAGUGCUUCACACUGUGCUGUACACCCUGUGUGGUUUUACUCUGAAAUAAUGCAACUCUGCCAAAGGUGGUAGCAUUGGAAAGCUGCAGCACUCCCCUCUCUGGCUUCAGAUUGUGGUUCCUGAUAUGGGACCUGCCAUUAAAAGAUGCUGAGUAAAUAUGGAA